ACCUCCUUAGCCAUAAACAAAAUCAGUUUGAAUACAAAGCUUGGGUUUUCUUUCAGAAAUGACGAACACAAAGCUUCUUCUUUUUCCAAAAUUUAUAACCAAAGUUUCUUCAAUAUCCAAUAAAUUCUUCUCUUCAAAUUCCAAUGAUCCAAAUUUACAACUCACAAAACUCAAGUUACUACUUCAACAAGGCCAAAUUCAACCUGCUCAAAAUCUAAUCAAAACCCUAAUCAAUUCCAACAACCCCAUUGACUGGAAACCAUUCAUUGGUCAAAAAGAUUCAAUCUUUAAUAAUCUUGAAUCAUUUAAUUUACUUCUUGAAUGUUUAGUUUCUUGUCGCAGAUACAAUAAUGUAUUAUCUUUAUUUGAUUAUGUUAAUCAUUUGGGAAUUAGGGUUGAUAAGUUUACAUUUGGAAAAGCUGUACAAUCAGCAGUUCAGAUUGGGGAAAUGAAAAGGGCUUUGGAAUUGAUGGAUUUUAUGAAAAGGGAUGGUGGAGUGGGGGUUAGUAAGUUUGUUUAUAAUGUUUUGAUUGAUUGGUUUUGUAAAGAAAGGCGUUUGGUUGAUGCACGCAAACUGUUUGAUGAAAUGUCUGAGAGAGGUGUUGUUGCUAGUCAUGUUACAUUUAAUACUUUGAUUGAUGGGUAUUGUAAAGUUGGGGAUUUGGAUGAGGCGUUUCGGGUGAGGGAGUUGAUGAAGGAGAGGAAGGUGGAUGCGAAUGUUGUUACGUUUAAUGUUUUGCUUAAAGGGUUGUGUACAGGGAAGAGGAUGGAUGAGGCUAAGAUGGUUUGGGACGAUAUGAAAGUGAAUGGGUUUGUACCAGAUGGGUAUAGUUAUAGUUCUAUGUUUAACGGGUUUAGUAGGUCCGGGGAUUUGGAUGCUAUGAUGGCUUUGUUUGAAGAGAUGGAUAAGGAUGGCGUGCGUAUAAAUGAGUACACUUGUGGGAUUUUGUUGAAUGGGUUGUGUAGUGGAGGGAAAAGUGAUAAAGCUGAGGAGAUUUUGGCGAAGCUGUUGGAGAAAGGAAUGGUGCCUAAUGAGGUGAUAUGGAAUACGAUUGUUGAUGGUCAUUGUAAGGAGGGUCACAUAGAAAAGGCGCUUUCAGUGAUUGAGAGAAUGAAAUCACAUGGGUUGAAUCCGAGUUGCAGCACUUUGAAUCCGGUGAUUAAGCGGUAUUGUCAGUCUGGGAAUCUUGUUGAGGCAGAAAAGUAUAUAAAAAGAAUGUCGGAUAUGAGAGUUUCACCAAAUGUGGUGACGUAUAACAUACUACUUGACGGUCUUGGGCGGAAACUUCAGUUUGAUAAAUGUUUCCAGAUUCUUGAGGAAAUGGAAAGUAAUGGCUUAAAGCCAGGUAUCAUAAGUUAUGGUUCUCUGAUUAACCAAUUGUGCAAGGACAGAAGGCUUGUUGAAGCUCAAGUGGUUUUCACAGAUAUGAUAGGUAGAGGUAUUAUGCCAAAUGCAAAUGUGUAUAAUAUGCUCAUUAAUGGGUACUGCAAUGGAGGGAAAAUGGAAGAUGCUGUCAAGAUUCUUGAUGGAAUGCUAACUAAUGAAAUAGCUCCAACAUUGGUUACGUACAAUACACUGAUAAACGGCCUCUGCAAAAAAGGAAGGGUUGAGGAAGCAGAAGAACUUGCCUCAAAAAUCACGAUUGGAGGUCUUAAACAAGAUGCAAUAACAUAUAAUUGCUUAAUCUCUGGCUAUUCAUUAAAGCAAGACAGUCGCAAGUGUUUAGAGUUAUAUGAGAAAAUGAAAGAAUUAGGAAUCAAGCCCACCAUCAAUACAUUUCAUCCACUAAUUUCUGGAUGUUUGAAUGAGGGUAUAACAAUGAUAGAGAAACUCAUCAAUGACAUGUCACAGAUGAAGUUAAGUUUUGACCGUGUAAUAUAUAAUGAACUGAUUCGUUUUUAUGCAGAACAUGGUUUUGUAGAGAAAACAUAUGCAUUCUAUCAUGAGAUGGUUGAUAAUGGAAUUCUUCCUGAUAGAAUGGCAUACAAUAGCUUGAUCAUUGGAUAUUUAAAACAGGGAAAGGUUUCUGAAUCAAAGGAUCUUGUUGAUAAAAUGAAGGCAACAGGAUUGGUUCCUAAAGCGGAUACUUACGAAACUAUGAUAAAGGGUCUUUGUGAUAUCAAGAUAUAUAGUGAAGCGUAUAUUUGGUACAGGGAAAUGGUUGGGAAGGGUUUUUUGCCUAGUGUGAAUGCUGCUAGUGAGCUUCUCACGGGUCUUAGAAAGGAAGGAAGGCUACCAGAGGUCCAAAUUAUGUACUCUGAAAUGAGUGCCAAAGGAUUAGAUUAUUUGGGUGCAAAUGAGGAUCUUUGUGUUGCUUCAAAGUUGUAGAUAGAGGUAAGGUGUAAUUAGUUUUCUUCAAGAAUAACUUUCUUGUGAAGUUGUUUCUACAUAUACUUGAUAUCUUUACCCAUUUAGGUGUAAUUAUAGCAAUUUUUUGUGUCCGUGAGGAGCUUUGUAUGUAUUGUUGUCCCAUAUUAUUGGUUCAUUUGUUACGGUCAAGCAAGAAGGCUGAUGUUAAACAUUGAAUUUGGAAGUUUGACUAUGUAAGUUUGAUCAUCUGGUGAUGUAGGAUUGUAGGUGUUGUGGGUUUUAAUGUUUUAUACAGCACCAACACUACAGUAGUUUCAACAUUUGUCUCCAGAAACUGUUUUUGUAUCCGAAAAGAUAUAAAUAUGGUAGAUAAGUUUAAAUGUUAUGUGAUCAUUAACUUAUCAAAAGAUAGUAGGACAUGUUUUGAACAGUUGUAGGAAUAAAUUGGUGAAAGGCCCUUCUAUUGGAUAGUUAUGUUCUAUGCUAUUACUAAAUUGUGGGUUGCAAUCUUAGCUUGGAUGUCUGUGGAUGUGGCCAAGCAUAAAAUAUGGACAUUAAGGUCUAUAUCUAUGAUCAUUAAUAUUUUCAGAGGCUUGCACUUGGAGAUAUCGCAUGCACUGCUAGACAGACAUUCCUCAUGUACUACAUAUAUAAGAUUUUAACUCAAAUCGAGUUGUUUGAAUGUGGAUGUUGUCAAUUCUCAUAGAUUACCCAUUAGGUUUUGAGCUGCUGUAUUACUGGUCUAAGUACAUGCAAUAAUUCAUAGAGUUUGUGCCUUUGCGGUUCAAGUUUGUCUAUAGGCUUCCACAGAGGCCGCAUCAGAGGAAAAAGAGGUGGGCGUUUAGAGUCGUUGACAUUUGGAAGUGAAUAUUUUGAUGAUAUCAAUAUAGCAAAAGAAAAGAGUUGAAUCAUGUGGAGUUGAAGGUGCUAUCCAAGAGCCAGCCUGAACAGUCUUUAGUGGAGCAUGGCUUCACCAUGAAGUUGGAAUGUUGAAUUACGAAGACACUUCCAAGAUCAGUGGAGAGUGUGAAGCAUGAUGCAAGUGAGUAUAAUAUUUGGACUCUUGGCAUUUUGUGCUAUGAAUUUCUCACUGGUCUUUCUCUCUUAAAAGCUAAAGAGCACUCCGAUGAUUACAGAAGAAUCCUGCAAGUAGAUUUAAAGCCCUCUCCGAAACGUGUAGUUUGUGUGCCUGGAAAAGACCUCAUUAGUCAGGUUUCACCAUUUUCUUUCGUUUUCUUCUGAUAAUUUUAGAAAUUUGUAUUGUGAUCACAUAUUUACAUAUACUUAAGCUACAAGCAGCAAAAAUGGAAAGGGGAACAAAUGCUUUAAGUUACACAUAUUGUAUGCAGCUAUUUAGUUUAAUCAUAUGUGUCUAUGAUGCUUGUUGGUGAUACUUUGAAGGGUAUACCACUACACAAGCUACUUGAAUGCCCAUUAAUUAUCGACAACACCAACCCUUCAAGGGUAUACAAAGGUUAAUAACCCGACUCAAGUUUAAUUCCAUAGCACAAGGAAAUCUUAUUGAGCUAUACAAAUAAUAAUUUCAUCUAUAAAGUACAUAUAGAAGGCAAGCACUUGUCAUUCCUAUGCCUGUAUUAGUGUUGUUCCAUCAUGUUUGAUUAAUUGGGUCCUUUUUGAAUACCUUGCUUUAGACCGGCUAGAAUGUGAAUAAUAUAAAUAGUUUCACUAUAUUUUUAAGUUUAGCUGUUUCUACUAACUAGAUUCAUAUGUAGUUACUAUAAUUAGACAUAAGAAACCGAAUGAGUUUUUAUAUUGAUUCCCUCGGCUCUAACAACAUGCACAAGAACACAAAUGCAUAUAUAAUUAGUAUAAUCAAAUAUACACUUCUAGGAUAGAAGAAAGAAAAAGGGAAAAACACAAUAGUACAAUAUGCAAUAAGUCGUGAAUGCCUAGAGUUUUUAUUCAAUAGAGCCACUUAGCCAUCAACUGUUAAACCAGUCACUAGCUGCAGCCUAAGCAUCUGAACAGACUGGUGCAUUCAAAACUGCUUCCUACAUUGACCGAACCGUUCAGAUGGUCAAUCAGAUUCACAAGGCACUCGAGCAUGUCAAAAUCUUGUUUCUCAGUUUUUACCUGAACUCCUACUGCUUUGUCUUUCCAACAACUGUGACCCUGGUUCUUCCGCUCUCUGAAAUUCAAUCAAUUCUGUUGGUCUUAAAAAGCUUGGCUGAUUUGUGGACGCAAGUACCCUUGCCCACAUUCUAUCGGUGAUCACAACUUUAUUAGGAUGAUCCACUAUACGCUGCAUGUUAAGAAACACCAUGAAAUGUGUCGCUAAGAAAUCAACAGCAGAUAAUAAACUGAAAGAUAUUGAGCAAAUGGAGGGUUUUGUGCCAAUAAAAGAUGUUAAAGUGUUAGGUCUAACUCUCAAAGCUUGCUUUUUAAUUGAAUGUUUACUUUCCAAACUACCAUCCUUGGGUAUUUGUUAAUAAGCAAUCAUAUGUAUGCUAACUUCAACGAAACCGAAAGAUAAGGAGGAGCGUUUUGGAUGGCAAGUACCUAGUAAGCAAGUACAUGUUUAUUUUAGUGGGAAAUCGUAGUACAUGCGUUAAAAGUUAAUUGUGGAAAAGAUAUAUUUGCCCCAUAUGUGAUGAACACAACUUAAAUCAACCCAAUUCAAAGUAAAUAGGUCAAGAUUGCAUCCUCUUUUGAUAAGGAAAUACGUUUUUGUAAAGAAUGCAAAAAUACAAGAAAAAACUUCAAUAUGUAAGAAUGUAAACUUCAAUCUUACCAGAGUAAGACCCUUUUACCCAAAAGAAUGAUAAACUUUUGUACGGUUGAACCGAAAGUAUUUAUAUACAACGGAUAUCUGUUCUUUGUGUUUACAUCUUCACAGUUUAGCCAAAUUGCAUCUUUUUACAAGAUUCAGAGUUUCAUUCUGAUGCAUCUUCACAGUUUAGCCAAAUUGCAUCUUUGUGUUUACAUCUUCACAGUUUAGAGUGGUGGUAUAGGGUUAACUUACAUUGAAUGGAAUAUAUGUUUGUCGACCAUGCACAAGCCCGGUAAUGAAACCGGUGAACCCUGCCAUGGCUCCAUGAACACAGCUUUGAGCAAGUAGAGUACAGUAGAUGUUGUCAGAUGCAUUACUUGGAACGGCACGGAUCAUGUAGGUAGGAUCUGCAUCGUUUGACCAAUUGUGUUGGUUAUAAUGAAUUCUAUGUCAAUUUUCAUAGAAGAAAAAUGUAGAGUACACGUGGCUAUUUCGACUGCUGUACUUGUUAAAUUUGGGUUAUGGGUUAUCUUUGACGGGUCAAAUAAUAAAAAUGUUUGUGGAUCAA